AUGUCGGAUUUUGGAAGGCCCAGCACCUCCUUUCCCUCCAGCAGGCCGGACGAGGGAAGGCGGUUUGCCUUCUCGCUAUACCCAGAUGCGGAGUCUUCGGCUCCUAUCACUAUGCCACAGAGACUGGCUGGAAUACCUGGCAGGUCCUAUGUUCCCUACGUAGGGGACCUUGUGAAUCUAGGAAUAGAAAACUCGCGCACAAUCCACCAGUAUCUGUUCAAUUGCCAAGCUGUGGACUUUGCAACCCCCAUCGGACGGGGCGCCUCGUUCACUGUGACGAGAAUACGAGUUCCAAAGGCAGAAAGAUUGGAGCAAACUACGUUCUCGCACGACUUAACCACCACGCUGAGCAUAAAGCCCAUGCCUACCCCAGAGUUUGUUGCCUACAAGACCGCCCGAGUGGCCUUUGAGCCUACAGGAGAGCCCGUCGAAAGUGACCAGCGAGCAAUGUUUUCUGUAUUAAUUGAGGUGUCUGCCCUAGUCCAUGGGCCGCUUGCAAACCAUCCGAACAUCGUCAAGCUGCUUGGUCUCGCAUGGGGUAGCAACCCGUUCGACCCAUUACACAAACUGCCUACGCUAGUGGUUGAGUACGCUCAAUUUGGCUCCUUGGCGGAACUCCAAGAGAGACAGGUACUUGAUUCAUGGACGAAGCUAUCUAUUUGUUUGGAUGUUUCUUUGGGCCUAGAAGCUCUGCAUCAGUCCGGUAUUGCGCACGGUGACCUCAAGACCGAGAAUGUUCUUGUAUUUUCAGAAAGAGGCUCCUGCAUUGCCAAACUAGCUGAUUUCGGAUUCUCGAUUGUGGAAAAGUCCGUGGAUGAGAUGGUUUGUAUUGGUGGGACAUGGCCCUGGAAGGCCCCAGAGGCCAAUCGUGCAAUCCAACGAGAUCAGCUCAAGUACACGGAUGUCUAUUCCUUUGGUCUGAUGGUAUGGCGUGUAGCCUGUGAUGGGUUGUGCCCUUUUGAGUUUAUCAGCGCGGAAGACUCUCCUGCUAGUAGAGACAGAAUUGAAGCCUUGAAACAGAGCGGCGACCUACUUCGGUUGUGUGAGCUUGAACACUGGUAUCCUGACUUUGCUAAAGGCUCACGCAGCUCCAAUAUGUCGGGUUCAAAAAACCAGUCCACACAAAGUCCUUUGGGAAAAUUCACCCAGCUCCUUGGGGCGAACCUCGCUGGGUGGUUGUCAGCAAUGUACGAUCAAAGUUCGCCUCUCGAUAAUGCAGCCAGAGACCAAUUCUACCGCAUCGUGGAGCCCGUCUUGAAGUUAACAUUGCAAUCGAGUCCUACUUUUCGAGAUCUAGCUGAGGUGAUCAGGAUCAUCCAGAAUGGUGCGGGACGAGAGCCGAUGAAGUAUAAACCCUGUCUAGAUUGGCUGGACUAUUUCUAA